AUGGCCUCCAUAACGCGCCCCAUCGCCAAUCGCGCUCUCCAUCUCCGCACCCAUCCCCGUCCCACCAAUCUUGGCGAGUCCCGCGAAAUCCUCCGUCUGAUCUCCGAGUUCGGUGAAGUCGAAUACUUUCGCAACCUCAAAUACGACGUCCUCUCUCACCCGGAAGCAGCCCUCGUCAUCUUCAAGAACGAGCAAGACGCUCACAAGUGUCUCAAGACAUGUCCAAUACGUUUCCGUCUCGAUGCCGCGCCGACAGGAGAAGCAGCUUCAUCACCCACGCCCGCAAACUCAACACCAGCAGCCGCUUCACAACCUCCACAACCCACAACAUCACAUACGCAAUCUGAAGCCCCCGCACCUCGAACAGGUCCCUUCGGCCUCCCCCUCAACACUCGCUCCUACUCCACCCGCACCUACCUUCCCACGCCUCCUCCAUCUCGUCAACAAACCCCCUUCGAACCGCCCCAACCCCUCCACCCCAUCCCUCCUUCCUCUCGAAUCUACCAAAUCAUCGCCUCCCCCGCUCGCAACCACUUCCGCGACCACAUCAACACGGGACCGUACUAUGGAAACUUCAACCUGGAUACCACGGGCGCGCCGCAGCAAGAGUUGGUGAAGAUCGUGCCGGUGAAGGGGUUGAGCUGUGUGGAUUGGAGGAAAGAGGAUCGCUUGUGGAAGGUGGCGAGGAGGGAGAGGGAAAAUGAAAAGGAAGGGGAGGGGAGGAGGAGGACUUUGAGGGAGAUUUGGGAGGAAGGGAGGGGCUGA